CAGUCGAUAUGGAAUUUGCCAAAAACAUGUAUGAGUUGCACAAGAAGGUGUCUCCUAGCGAGAUCAUCUUGGGCUGGUAUGCAACAGGCCACGACAUCACAGAACACUCUGUCCUGAUCCAUGAGUACUACAGCCGGGAAGCACACAACCCCAUCCACCUCACUGUGGACACCAGUCUCCAGAACUCACGCAUGAGCAUCAAAGCCUACGUCAGUGCUCCAAUGGGAGUCCCUGGUAAAACUAUGGGCGUGAUGUUCACACCUCUAACAGUGAAAUACGUUUAUUAUGAUACAGAGCGGAUAGGAGUGGAUCUGAUCAUGAAGACUUGUUUUAGCCCUAAUCGAGUGAUUGGCUUGUCCAGUGACUUGCAGCAGGUGGGGUCAGCAUCAGCCAGGAUUCAGGAUACCCUGACCAUGGUGCUGCAGUAUGCAGAGGAUGUUUUGUCUGGCAUUUUGGCUGCUGACAACACCGUUGGGCGUUUCCUGAUGGAUCUUAUUAACCAGGUGCCAAAGAUUUCAGCAGAGGACUUUGAGACAAUGCUGAACAGCAAUAUCAAUGACCUACUGAUGGUAACCUACUUGGCAAACCUCACACAGUCACAGAUUGCUCUCAAUGAAAAACUUCUGAGUUUAUAAAGAAACUUAUGCCACCCUACCCUUCAAAAAGCCUAAAGAAUGAGCAGAUACACUUUUCUAUGGCGUUGUCACGAAUUUCCUUGGACCGUAAUUUAAUUCCCUGGAUGACUUGGUUUACAUCUUUAUUUCCAUUGCCCUGGAAAGUUCCUCACAUCGUGUAGGAAAUUAAUGGGAAUGGCUACAGUUUAUUUAGUUGAUCCCAAUAUUUUAAAAUGGAAUACAUGAAUAUUUUGUCUCCUGGGUUUAUCUACUUGUAUAACAAAAUAUGGCUUUAUUGUAAGAAUGUAUUUGAAAUAAAAGUUCCGUUGGAAUGGAAAGAAUGGCUUCUGUC